CCCCCCCCAGAUCACUCUCACAAUGGCGACUCUUCUGCCUCCUCCUACCAAGCGUCAGAAGACGGAGAUUGCCGAGAAGGCCCGUCUUCAGCAAGAGAUCGAGAGCAUCCCGGAGAAUCUGGGCAGUGUCCGAGUGCAGUUUUUCGACCAAGCGACAGGAGCGCCAACCGGACCAGCAGUGUCCGUCCCAGUGGCCGAUGCCAACGUGAAGAACUUGGAGACGCUACUCAAUACCCUACAAGGCAAUGAAGAUGAUGAGCGGGUGCCAUACCGAUUUACCUACCAGUCGGACGAUAAGGACAAUCAGACGAUCGACAUUCUAACACAUCUGUACCACUCGCUGCUCAAGCCGGGCCUCAAGACCACCGAAGAUACCGUUCACCUCUACUACACGCCGCAGGCGGUUUUCCGAGUCAAGGCGGUCUCGCGAUGCUCUGCUUCCAUCGCCGGACACGGGGAAGCGAUUCUGGCCACCUCCUUCUCCCCCGUCAAUUCGUCCACCAUGGUCACCGGCAGCGGUGACUCAACGGCCCGAAUCUGGGACUGCGACACCGGAACCCCCCUGCAUACCUUGAAGGGUCACACUAGCUGGGUGCUGGCGGUCAGCUACUCCCCCAACGGCGCGAUGAUCGCGACCGGCAGCAUGGACAACACGGUGCGGGUAUGGGACGCGAAAAAGGGCACAGCGCUCGGGGCGCCGUUGAAGGGCCAUGCGAAGUGGAUCACCAGCCUGGCGUGGGAGCCCUAUCACCUACAGCAGCCGGGGCGGCCGCGCCUGGCGUCCGCCUCCAAGGACUCGACGGUCCGCGUCUGGGACGUGGUCAGCAAGCGCAUCGAUAUGGUUCUCACCGGCCACAAGGGCUCGGUCACCUGCGUCAAGUGGGGCGGCACGGGCAAGAUCUACACGGCCUCGCACGACAAGACGGUCAAGGUGUGGAACGCGGAGAACGGCACCCUGAUCCAGACCUUGUCCGCCCACGCCCACCGCGUGAACCACCUGGCGCUGUCCACGGACUUCGUCCUCCGGACCGCCUACCACGACCACACGGGCCAAGUCCCGCAGGCCGACGCCGAGAAGGUCGCCGCCGCGAAGCAGCGGUACGAGCACGCCGCCACCAUCAACAACAAGAUCGUCGAGAAGCUCGUCUCGGCCAGCGACGACUUCACCAUGUAUCUCUGGGAGCCGGAGAACUCCAGCAAGCCCGUCGCGCGACUGCUCGGUCACCAGAAGGAGGUCAACCAUGUCACAUUCUCGCCGGAUAUGGCGUACAUCGCCUCGGCGGGAUUCGACAACCACGUCAAGCUCUGGAAUGCCCGGGAUGGAAAGUUCAUCACCACUCUCCGCGGCCACGUCGGAGCCGUCUACCAAUGCUGUUUCUCCGCCGACUCCCGCAUGCUCGUCUCCUCGUCGAAAGACACGACCCUGAAGGUGUGGAACGUCCGCACGGGCAAGCUCUCCGAGGACCUGCCGGGACACAAGGAUGAAGUGUUCGCGGUGGACUGGAGUCCCGACGGACAGAAGGUGGGAAGUGGCGGCAAGGACAAGGCCGUACGGAUAUGGCGCAACUAAUGUCGGAGAAGAAAAAAAGCUUUUUGUUUGUGUUUUAACUCGAUGAACAAAGUAUAUAGAACCAGAU